CGGGGGGUGUUCUGUGUCCGCCACGCCCCUACAGGAAGAGGGGUGCGUGUGCGUGUGUGUGUGCGUGUGUGUGUCAGUGUCUGUGUGUCUGUGCGUGUGUCAGUGUGUAAAACUCACAGAAGAAAGGGGCACCAAGGAGGGCUCCCAAACUGAAAAAUUGGGGCUACUGCAAGCAGGACCCAGGCCUCAAAGAUUCCAGGAGAGUGCUCUCGGGAGUGGCCCUGUGAAGGAGUUUGAAAGAAAUUGGGAAAUACAUCCUUACCAUAGAUUUGGAAACGGUGGGGGAGGUUCACACAGAAAUCAGCCUCCCGGGCCAUGUCGAUGUCAAAGCCUGUUUCUUCUGAGCCCCAGCAGAACCCAAGUGGAUCAGUGGAUGAUUGCUCUUGCCUGAGCAAGAGAUGGCAUAAUACCUGGAGUCUGCCUACUGCAAGCCUCUGAGCUUUAGAAGCCAGCUGGAUGAAGGGAUGUAAUAGACGCCUGGGAGGGACACUGAAGUCAGCAGUGGGGGGGGAGGGGCCUGGACACACCCCUUCCCCCCCAGACUCCUCCCUGACAGGGUCCACCCAGCCAUGGACUUUGGACCUGGAUAAGUGGAGAGAAGCUGUGCUUUGGUGGAUCUGGUUCUCAGUUUUGGAAAUGGAGUGUUAAGUGGGGCCUUGAUGAUCUUCAGGAGAGCAACUGAGAGAAGAAAAGCAAGGUACCUGGCGUCUUCCUCGUCUCAGCCCAGAAGAAUAAACCCUUAGACUUGGGGAAGUGAGCCAGGCAAGCCGAAGGCAGCCUUGAGCCCUCCCCUUGCCUGCCCUCCCCUGUGGGGGCCAGGAUGCUGAAGAAGCAGUCUGCAGGGCUUGUGCUUUGGGGUGCUAUCAUCUUUGUGGGCUGGAAUGCCCUGCUGCUCCUCUUCUUCUGGACACGCCCAGCACCUGGCAGGCCCCCCUCAGACAGUGCUCUUGAUGAUGACCCUGCCAGCCUCACCCGAGAGGUGAUCCGCCUGGCCGAGGACGCCGAGGUGGAGUUGGAGCGGCAGCGGGGACUGUUGCAGCAGAUCGGGGAGCAUUAUGCUCUAUUGAGCCAGAGGUGGAAAGUGCCCACUGUGGCCCCUCCAGCCUGGCCCCACAUGCCUGUGACCCCCUCACCAGCCGUGAUCCCUAUCCUGGUCAUUGCCUGUGACCGCAGCACUGUCCGGCGCUGCUUGGAUAAGUUGUUGCACUAUCGGCCCUCAGCUGAGCAUUUCCCCAUCAUUGUCAGCCAGGACUGUGGGCACGAGGAGACAGCACAGGUCAUUGCUUCCUACGGCAGUGCAAUCACACACAUCCGGCAGCCAGACCUGAGUAACAUCGCUGUGCAGCCAGACCACCGCAAGUUCCAGGGUUACUACAAGAUCGCCAGGCACUACCGCUGGGCACUGGGCCAGAUCUUCAACAAGUUCAAGUUCCCAGCAGUUGUGGUAGUGGAGGAUGAUCUGGAGGUGGCACCAGACUUCUUUGAGUACUUCCAGGCCACCUACCCACUGCUGAGAACAGACCCCUCCCUUUGGUGUGUGUCUGCUUGGAAUGACAACGGCAAGGAGCAGAUGGUGGACUCAAGCAAACCAGAGCUGCUCUAUCGAACAGACUUUUUUCCUGGCCUUGGCUGGCUACUGUUGGCUGAGCUGUGGGCAGAGCUGGAGCCCAAGUGGCCCAAGGCAUUCUGGGACGACUGGAUGCGCAGACCUGAGCAGCGGAAGGGGCGGGCCUGUAUUCGUCCAGAAAUUUCAAGAACGAUGACCUUCGGCCGCAAGGGUGUGAGCCACGGGCAGUUCUUUGACCAGCAUCUUAAGUUCAUCAAGCUGAACCAGCAAUUUGUGUCCUUCACCCAGUUGGACUUGUCAUACCUGCAGCGGGAGGCCUAUGACCGGGAUUUCCUUGCCCGCGUCUAUGGUGCCCCCCAGCUACAGGUGGAGAAAGUAAGGACCAAUGACCGGAAGGAACUGGGGGAGGUGCGGGUACAGUACACUACUAGAGACAGCUUCAAGGCCUUUGCUAAGGCCCUGGGUGUCAUGGAUGACCUCAAGUCUGGUGUCCCCAGGGCUGGCUACCGGGGCAUUGUCACUUUCCAGUUCCGGGGCCGGCGUGUCCACCUGGCACCUCCACAGACCUGGGAUGGCUAUGAUCCUAGCUGGAAUUAGCAGCAUCUGCCUUUCCCUGCUGGGUCUCCUUGCCAUAUCAUGAGUUGAGACAGGCGUGCAGUCCCUGGGCUAUACCAUCCUGUCAGUGGUUCCCUCUUGGGUCUAUAGAUCUUCCUUUUUUCCGCUCCCACCCCCCAGUGGCAUUCUAGUGCACAGAUCAUAAGAUGAGGGUUAUACUCCCGUUGUCAAGGGAGUCAUAUAUCAGGAGAACUAUUGUGUGGUGUAUUUGGGGGUAUUGAACAAGAAACCACUGUGUGGUAUGGGGAGACUUGGGCUUGUUGGGGCCAGGAUGUCCUGAGUUCUGCCGAAGGGCAUCUACAGAGAGCUUGGCAACUCCAGCUCUCUCCACCAGGCCUGUCAGCCCUGAGCUGGCUCCUGUCAGUGUGAGCCCACCUUAUGUACCUACCCCUUCUCCACCUUCCCCCAGUGUGGGGCUGGGCUAUGGAAGAAGGAAUGGGUUUGUGGCCAAAUGAGACUAACCAAAGGGGUUUCACUGUCAGGGUCAGAUUGGAGUUGUUUGGUGCCAGGGGUCCCUGCCUCCUGGCUUCUCUUAUUGCUGACUCUCAGUGCUCUUUCCUGCUGCAUAGCAGUUUGUGCUUGGGAGAUGGGAGUGGAAAGGGAAAGCAGGCCUUCUCCUGGGUUAGAGCCAGCUGUCAAGAAAGGUGUCCGGAGGAAAGCCUGUACUUGGGCACCCCUCUUCUUGCCCAUGGCCCCCUCUUUUCUGAAUAUCAGUUCCCUCCAUGUUGUUUGGGAGGAUAAAGUGCCAGCCAGGUGGAAGACAGUGGACUGACUUCUGUGCCUCUUUUCUCCAGAGGUCUGGGGUAGAGGCUUCUCCCUGAGGGGUGGCUCUCGGUGGCCAUCUCAGAGCUAAGUACACCAGUAGCUGAGACCGGGACAUCUCUGACCCCAAACUAGCUCCUGUCCUGCCUUCCUAAGCAUUCCCACAUCUUUCCUGGCCAAGAUGCAGGUAGCAGGUUGGAGAGAAAUUUGUGUGUUUUUGUUUGUUGCCUGAUCUUAGUUUCAUGGAAGAAAAAUGGAAUCUACAGAAUUAUUUUCAAAAAUAAAGUAAAGGCUGAAUUGUCUGAAA